AUGUUCUACAGCCAUGAGAUUCUCAACAGUCGCCAGUUCGGCGUUGCCACUAUCUGGGUUGUUGCGACCAUUGGCCCACGCGGCGGCGGCAAACGCAAAAUAUCCCGAAAAGCAAUCGAGGAGGUAGACAUCCGAAAGGCUUGCGAGAAGAUAAUAGAGCCUGGAGCCCCCAUCUCUUUACGUCUCCAGAGCAACCUACUCUUCGGCGUCUCACGAGUCUACUCAUCGAAGUGUAAUUACAUGCUCAAUGACGCCGAGAAGGUGCAGACCUUGAUGAAGACCUUCUUCCGACUCAUCGCCAACAAUGAGACCGUCCCAAACGCUGGAAGAGCAAGACGUGAGCAGAUCACACUUGGCGACGACCCAAGCUUUAUUCCUACCAGUGUCAUUCCGCAUUUCAUCAUCGACGACGACGGUAACCCGUGCUUCAUUCCCGGAAGCCGCUCCUCAUCGGGAGAGAAGAAUAAGUCACAGUCGCAGCUAAGCCCCUUCCCUGAUCCCAUCAGUUUCACUGGAGGUCGAGAAAAUUCGGUUCUGCACCUCGACAUCUCCCAGUCCUUUGAGGCUUUCAACUACCCGUUGCCAUCCCCAUUUGCACGCUCCUCUUCCGCACUAAAUACGUUCCUUCCCCGAAACCGAGAGGAUUUGGAACUCGACAUGAAUGCAGACCCGUUCAAUGCGAUGAAUGACCUUGAGAAUUUCGGCGGCGUGGAACUGGAAAUCGAUGAAAAUGGAGCUGUCAUUGUGGAUGAAGAUGAGCUCGAGCUGCCAGUCCUUGAACAACACAACAUGGGUGAUGCCAAAGAGCUGACCCAGAAUGAAGCGAAUCAUAAUCAGCAACCGAUUGUUCAUGAUUCCGAAGGCGAUGUGCUUAUGAUGGGCAGUGACCCUAUCUUCCAAGCAGAGGAUGAUGCCCUUCAACUGCCCGAGUCACCCGAAGGAGAUCAGUGUGAUCAGGCAGCUGCUCCGUCCAGGAAACGUCGACGGGUUCUGAGACUUGACAACGAGGGUACUACGAUCUCACGCACUGUCCUCAAGAGUUGGCAAGAACAGUAUGUUGAAAAUGCGGAAAGAGUUACCCGUAAGCGGAAGGGGGUCACGCAAAGCCAAGCCCGAAGUAACGCGUACUUCUUCACUCUCGGCCAGGGAAUUGGAGGCAUAGGCCGCAGCACAGGCAUUCCUGGUACCGACUUCCCUCUUGCAGAUAUUUUCGCCGGCUCUGGUCUUUGUGACAUCAUCUACGGCCCACUCAUUGCGCAACAAGAGGACGUACACACGCCGUCUCCCCAAGGACGCCGCAGAAGAGCAAGCGAGGCUUUCGACGAAGCGGCUGAUGGAAGCGAAGGCCGCAACGUGCGCCCGCGAGUUGACGAGACACCACUUCCAGGUCGCUCUAUGGACGAUGAUGGAGGGGCCUUUGGCAUGAUGUUUGGGGAAGAGACAAUGCCAGAGAUGGGGAUGGAGGCUGCGCAGCCCAUGGAUGAGCACCAGUCGUCCUCUAUGAUGCCCUGGAACCGGACGCCGUCAGUGGGCCGCGCCUCUUCGGUCAUCAGCCACAGUGCGCGGCGUCAUGAGCAGGCCAACCGCCAAAAGUCUACUAGUAUCCGCGGAAGCAGCAUUCCUCCGUUUGAGCUGCUCCAUAGCGCACCGGGAAGCGACUGGGGCAUAGGCUCCGUUGACAAGAACGGCUCGCAGAACCCGAGACCGGAGGACUCAAACCCCGCAGGUGUCGCCGCCAACGGCGAGCAGGAAGACAACAACGACUCGCAGUGGAUGCGGUCCACUCUGGACACCGCGAGCGAGGAGUUCUUGCAAUGGAUACAGGAGGAGGCCCAGAAGACUGGCCAGGUGAAGCUGGGAGACGACAAGGAGAAUCGGCGUUGGGUCAAGUUUGAGGAGCUCAUCGAGCCGGCGAAGCAGAACCACGUCGUCGCGGCCCAGGCCUUCCACCACGUUCUUUCACUUGCGACGAAGAACGCCAUCUCGGUCGAGCAGCAGGUCGACAACAUGCAACCUUUCGGCCCUAUCCGGAUCGGCCUCGAUAUGACGGCGCAUCUCGAAAACCAAGAAGAGUGA